AUGUCGCACGUGGGAACACCGAGUGUCGCGUCUCCGACCCCGCCAGAUGGUGUCCCCCACCAGCUGCUCAGAGCAAUUUCUCGUGCUGUGAUAGCUGGCCGGCACCCUCUUGGCAUUUCGGGCACAAACGACGCCGCACUUCGCGGUCCACCGGGACGCACCGAGGCCCGUUGCUCACCGGCUGAGUGGGUUGCUAGGGCAGGCGACUGGCGCCCGAAUUGCCCCUUCGUUUGUGCUCAGCUGGGCAGCUGUGGCCUCUUGCAAUUAGAGACAUCCAAGCACUUAGCUUCGAAAACGCUUGAGCGCAAUAUGUCCACCCUCCACCUCGACCGACUGCUCCUCCCCCCCACUCGGGUCUCAAGUGGUUCACCACGCCACAGCCCACCUUAUCGCAGCAGUGCAUAG